AUGGAGGCCAAAACUACAAUGGGUGCUGGCUUUGUCCGCUCAAUCCAAUCAGCGGUUCCGAGUGUCGCACCAGGCAGCGCCUGGGCGCAGCGUGACAUUGGACCAACUCUGCGACGGUUCUUCGGAGCGUUUUACAACGGUGAUGUCUGGGCAGUCUACAGGCGGUACAGGAAUAUAGACGUGGAAAACUGUGGUUGGAUCAGCUACGAAGAGUUGCAAGAGAUUCUUUUCCUCCCUGAAUUCAAUCUGCUCUUUAUAUUUGAUGCCUUCAGUCAGCAGAACGCAUUGAUCGAUAGCCGAGAGCUCCUGGUGAUGGUUUGCCUAUUUAGCUCGUCGAAGCUGUCAGAGAAAUGUGGUCUCUUCAUGACCCUAUUCGACAACUCGCACAGUGGCACCUGCACGGCUGCUGAAGUCGCCAACUUUGCCACGCUGGCACUUCAAGUCCUUGGGCGAUGCACUGGUGCACCGGUCCGUGCAAAGGACAUUGCAGCCGCGAUGCAGGAAGAACUGUCAGAUGUGCUGCCGCUAUACCGUGAUGCAGUCAAUCGCCUUGGUUCGGAGGCCACCUUCAAAGAAGAGCGCAUCUUUGGCCAAGACGAGGUGGAUGAAAUUUGUUCAACUUUCAGGCUCCUGUAUGACGAGCUGCCCAUUGGUCAGGAUCCGCCUCCAAACUGUGCACUACUGGGAGGAAUGCAGAGUGACGAUGAGGAUGAGGACCGUGAAAAGGCCGUUGAGAUACUCAAGGAGAAGUCUCUUAUUCGAAAAAAGGAAAUUGAGGAGAAGGAAGCGGCAAAAGCUGCAGUGGAACCUGCUAGAGGUUGGAUGAUAAUACAUGGGGCUGAUUUUGUCGCCAUCUCCAAGGACAUUGCCAGAUUUCGGCAUCUUUUUGCCAAAUGCGUGGCCCAGGCGUUAGAAGUGCCGUCGGGGGUCAUUACUAUCGUGGACAUAACUCCUGGUAGUGUCGUGGUGGAGUUCCUGGUGCAUCCAUCUAUGCGUGGCGGUGAUCGCCGAACAGCGACACAGCUUCUCAUUGCGUUGGCAGAGCAUCUCAUUAAUGGCAAAAGUGUUCUACGGCGUGGCCAUUUCAGUGUUUAUGCAGCCAGUGCAGAACUGUUGGUUGGUGAGACCCGAAGAACUGCAGCCACUUGA